GCGGGUGCGUGAGCAAAUACGGAAGUACAGCGCUACAAGACGCCAUUUUUAUUAGCAGCAGUUCAUUAAAGAAACCAAAAAACAAGACUAAAACAACUCUUCCCUGACUACAUGAUGAAAGCAGAAAUAUUCAAGGUCCCUGGCCCUCGGGCAGCAGUACUCGUCUCUGGGGUCACAACCCAUCCUGUGUGGCUCUAUCCCCGGCCUGGUGCCCAAGCAGCUGCGCUUCUGUCGCAACUACAUUGAGAUCAUGCCCAGCGUUGCCGAAGGUGUCAAGCUGGGGAUCCAGGAGUGCCAGCACCAGUUCAGGGGCCGACGAUGGAACUGCACCACCAUCAAGGACAACCUGGCCAUCUUUGGGCCUGUGCUCGACAAAGCAACCAGAGAGUCAGCGUUCGUCCAUGCCAUAGCAUCAGCGGGCGUGGCGUUUGCAGUGACGCGCUCCUGCGCCGAGGGCACAUCCACGAUGUGCGGCUGUGAUUCCCACCACAAGGGGCCUCCAGGGGAGGGCUGGAAGUGGGGCGGCUGCAGCGAGGACGCAGAGUUUGGGGUGUUGGUGUCCAGGGAGUUCGCCGACGCCAGAGAGAAUCGUCCGGAUGCCCGCUCAGCGAUGAACCGACACAACAACGAGGCAGGACGCACGACCAUCCUGGACCACAUGCACCUGCGCUGCAAGUGUCACGGCCUGUCAGGAAGCUGCGAGGUGAAGACGUGCUGGUGGGCGCAGCCCGACUUCCGCAUGCUGGGCGACUACCUGAAGGACAAGUACGACAGCGCCUCGGAGAUGGUGGUGGAGAAGCACCGCGAGUCCCGGGGCUGGGUGGAGACGCUGCGGGUCAAGUACAACUUCUUCAAACACCCCACGGAGCGCGACCUGGUCUACUACGAGGGCUCGCCCAACUUCUGUGAGCCCAACCCGGAGACCGGCUCCUUCGGGACGCGCGACCGGGCCUGCAACGUGUCGUCGCACGGCAUCGAGGGCUGCGACCUGCUGUGCUGCGGCCGCGGCCACAACACCCGGACUGAGAAACGCAAGGAGAAGUGCCACUGCAUCUUCCACUGGUGCUGCUACGUCAGCUGUCAGGAGUGUGUGCGCGUCUACGACGUCCACACGUGCAAGUGAGAGUCAGACUAACUGACUGCUGGACUACAAGUGCUGCCCCGCCCCCUCCUGCACGACCUCCACCUUCCUCUGCAUCCCACACACAAACAUAUUCAUCAGCACACACGCUCAGGCCCUAAUGGGUGAUGGCACAUCAGUAAUGGAUUCUUCUACACCAUUUUUUUUUUCUCUUCCAAACCACUACACCCAUUUCCAUAAUAACCGACCAGAAGGCGUCCUGUGUUGACCUGACUGUUCUCAUGGGAAGAAGCUCGAGUUGUGCCACUCUCUCCCCCCGGUUCCUCCCCCUGCAGCAUCCCCUCCCCUCCCCCGUGUCUUUAUUUAUUUCCCGCCUCCAUGCCAACAUGUCCGUGGCAUGUACAGUAACACUUUUUACCUGUGAGAUUAAUGCAGUAAAAAAAAAAAAGAAAAAGAAAAAAAAGAAACUUUCAGACUCUCUUUUGCUUUUGAUUAAAAAGCAUCUUCUAACUAACACCUCACUUCUCUGGCCCGUCCGGCUAGUUUUUUUUUGUUUUGUUUUGUUUUGUUUUUUUGUUUAAACUAAACCAACCUCUACAUCGUGAUACUGAACACGUCGGCAGCCCCAGGAAACCAUCACUUUGUAACUACUGAACUGAACUGAAAACAGCAGGCAGGUGUCCUGUCUCUUGUUAACUACUGAGCUGAUGAAAUCCUCAGUGUUGCUGACUGACUCCGCUGCACCAGUCAGCCGGGGAGCCUGGAAGAUAUAUGCUACAGCCUGAUUUUUAUAGCCCUGCAUUUCUGAAAUAUUACCAUCGGGCUGGGACUGGGAGGUAUGCAGCAUGUGUGUGAACAAGCAUGCUCAUUCCACUAACUAACAACCCGACACAUGUAUAUGUAUGCACUAUUCAGUUUAACUCCAGGUGGUAAACAUUUGAGCUGCGGUUGAUGCGAGCGAAUGGCGACUUUCGGGCGCCAUCAACCUGCUCACGAUUUCCACAAACAGAGUCAUACAUUAUUCAGAAAAAAAAGAUUAAAGAUUAUUGAUGGCUGUUUCAUUUAUAAAUAUUGGCGUCAACUUCCAGUCAAGCUUUAGCAUGCUUAUUAUUAAUUCUGGUCUUAGGAGCAAAGCGGUUAUUUUUUUAUCAAACACUUCAUGCGUUCAUCAGGUCCAUCUUAGAGGCCUUUGUCCCUAAGCAAAUCUCUCAUUCAUCACUGUAAACAAAAGCAAAAAAAAAAAAAGAAAAAGUGGGACAUGUGACGACAUGUGGAAACCAGAGUGAAGCGGAGAUCCGAUUGGCUCUCACGUCUUCCCUUCCUUCUGUCCAUGUUUUCCCUCAGUCUGAGGUUUUCAAGGCGCUGAUUGAUGUAUUUACUCCUGUCAGUAAACCCUCAAACUGCCUCGCUGUUUUGGUUUUGGAGAAAACUGGAAGAACAAUGUGCUGUAAUUUACUCAAGAAAUGUUCUUCGGAGUCUGGGGUGUUUGGCUUAGUUGAUGCUGACUUGUAAUUUUGAACAAAAGGAAAAUAUUUUUAGGAUCACUGAGGAGAAAAAAAAAUGGCGCGAAUUUGGAUUCUGAGAACAUUAAAGAGACAGAGUGGUAUUUCUGCUCUCACCUGUAGAGCUGUUCAUCCAUCUGGAUUGUUUUGGUGUGAGCUGUCAAGUUUUUGGAGACAUGGAUGGGAGAGAUGUCGGCCCUCUUUCUGAUGUAAUGGAACAAGAUGGCACCUUUGGUUGUGAUGCUCAAAGCCCCCACAGAAAGCAGUUUCAUAACGGAACUAUUUUCUUUCAACUGUACCACUGCAUAUAAGGAAGUAUACUCAUGGUAGUGCAGGAUGUAGACGCUAAUGCCGUCCUUCUCAGCAGAGUUGGCUUAGUUAGUUAAACUCUUGUUCAUUAUCUUGAGUAACGGGAUCAUGAUUUAUAGAAAGAGACAUGCUGUUGAGAAGGCAGACUUCUGAAGAGGAAGCUAGAUUUGCAAGACCGCGUGAUCAUCUUUCCUGUGGCUGAACACAGGUGUGGAACCAGCCAGCGUCCUCUGAGGACAACCAGCAAUGGCGGCUCCUUAAGAGGUUGACGUAGCUGCUGUAGCAUCUGCUAUCUCCUAUCGUUGACUUAAGGUCAGCUCAUGACAGACAGCUGACAAAGUAUUUUUCUGUGUCCGCACUUUUCCAAACAGCUUCUAGUGGCUUUUUACCAGAUCAAUUUGUAAAACGAACCACUCGGCGUCACGAUAGCCAUCUAGUCCCAUUAUAUCCCAGAGAAGGCCGACGUCUCUGUGGCUGGUAUCUUCAAAACUCUGCAUCUCUCACCAAAACAAUCUAGAUAAAUUUUAAAAAAAGCACUACAAGUAAGAUUCUGGGGUGAAAGUGUCCCUUCAGGAACUCUGUGAUUUACAUGAGCGAGAUGUGGAUGGAUGUGCACAUGACGGCUGACAGAAGGCUGCGAGAGGUUUCCACACAACAUGUUCCGACAGUCCCACCGGCUUCCUAUUAAUUAUAUCCAGCGACACAAGUACCCAGUAGAGUAUAGGCCGCCCUGUCUUCGUGACAUAGCUUAGCAUUUGUGUCAUCUUCCACACAGCCCUUCCCUACCUGGGCCCACCAUCUGUGUUCAGUUCCCUCCACCUCCCCACCCCCCAACCACCACCUCCCCCCGCUAUAUCCAAAGUUUUGUACAAAUGUUUUAAAGUGAAUAAUUCCCUUUUUAUUUUAUAAUCGUAAAUGUUAUGUUUUUAUAAAUAUUAUUUAUUAUACAAUGUAUAUAUCUGUAUGACUGAACUAAGAUUAUAUAUUUGAAGAACAAAACUGUCUCAUGCUUUCUGAUUUAUGAACACACACACACACACUUUAAACACACGUUGUUCCAGAGAUAGAUGUAUUGAUCACUUCUAUAGUUGUCGAACAUAAAAUAUCACAACUUUCAUUAUAAAAUGAGGCAUUUGAAGAACAUUUACUGUUAAGAAAUCUCAUGAAAAGAUGAAAUAAAACAAUAUUUAAUUAUCAAAAUCACAUCAGUGUCACAUCCUGUCCCUUUAUUACCAUGAAAACACACUAAAAUGAAUCUAGAUUCAGCCCCACAUGCAGCUCCCUGCUGCCAGAAAUACAUCCUCCAGCACAAAAUGCGUAUUCAUCCGCUGACGAAAAUAGUCCAACAAAUACACAAAUUUGCUCCAGUUAGAGUAACUUACAUUAAAUCUACAGUACAUAGAAAAAUGGCAUAAAAAAUAAGUGCAAGGAUGAAUAUCAUUAAAUAAAUGUGUUAAUUUGCAAAAUUAAAUUGUUAGAUUUUAGAGGAAAUGCUAGUUAAUAUGUCACAAGUGGAUCAAUCAUCAAAAUCAGGAAAGAAAUGUUGACGUAAGGCGUUUAGGACACAUUUUUCACAUGACCACAUUUAACUCAGUCUAUUAAAAAAAAAAAAAA